AUGGGACGCACGCUGCCUGUCCCUGUGUUGUGUCAGGUGUGCGGAGACAAGUCCUACGGGAAGCACUACGGCGUGUACUGCUGCGAUGGCUGCUCCUGCUUCUUCAAGAGGUCAAUCAGAAAGGGUGUCUCGUACACCUGCAUUUCUGGGAAGGGAGAGUGCGUGGUGGAUAAGGCAAGAAGGAAUUGGUGUCCACACUGUCGCCUUCAGAAAUGCCUCUCCGUCAACAUGAACACAGAAGCUGUGCAAGAAGAAAGAGGCCCAAGAAAACCUAAACUCAAGCAGCAGCAGCACCAACAGCAGACUUCCCUCACUAAUUGCUCCACUCCUGAGAUGGGGACGGCUCCUUCGGAACGUACUGGGCCGCCGCCGCCUCCUCCUCCUCUCCCUCCUCCUCCUCCCCAUCAGUCCCACGUGACUAUAAGCGGCCCUCCUCCACUACUGCCUACUUUUACCUUCCACCCGUUGCCGAAGCUAUCCUCUGGCCCCAUACCCGCUAUGCCGGAAGUGCCCUCGGUCUUCACGAGUCACUGGUGUUCAUUAGAAAAGCCUUGGUCCCUUGCGUCUCUCCUGGCCUCCAAUCCAUUGUUGGCCACUGCUCCUUCCGUGCCCCUUUCUCCUCCUUUUCUACCGCCACGACCACCUCCCCACCUCUGCCUCCCGCCUUUGAAGCUACACACUUCUGCCUUCAGCACUGUGCGACCCAACCCUCAUCAAUUUGCAAAUUCAAAUCAGUUACGGGAAGAGAUAGGAGUGCAGGUGUUGAGUUGGCUGGUGCGUCAAGCCAGGACCUCCCCCUUCCUCACCCCACUACUGCACAACGACCUCCUGCUCCUCCUCACAAGAGCGUGGCCUCAACUCUUGCUCUUACAUGCAGCUUACUGGCCUCUGGACCUGCUCCUCCUCCUCCAGAAUGAAACAAAGGUUGAUCUUAAAGUUUCAAAUAAUGAUGGCAUAUUGCCAGAUAUGUACAAAAGUGAGGAGGCGGACCAGGUUUCUGCAGCGCUCAGAAUGUGCCGCCAGUAUUCCCUAGAUUCCACUGAGCUGAUGCUCCUCUCUGCAGUCAUUCUUCUAAGAUCACAGCCAGGCUUAUCAACUGAAGGGAUGUUAUUGAUAUCAGCAUUGCAAGAGAGAGCUCAGGCUACUUUGGGUAGUCACACAGCCUCAGUCUGCCCCAGUGACCCACUCAGACCAUCCAACCUCUUACUUUUAGUGGCCUCCCUUCACUGCCUUCCCCAACAAGUAGUAACUAACAUUCUUAUCCCUAGCCUUGCAUCUCCUCAGGCUGCAUCAUUUGUCAUAGCUACUUUUCUUUCUACAAGUUGAAAUUGUAGGUGUUAACUAAAUCUACAUACAUAUUGAAUUUAUGAAUGUUUAAACAUAAAAAUUAUACAUUCUCAAAUUGUAUUAUCUAUCAGUACUUGGGGAGCAUGGUACCUCAGUAGUAAGUCUGACUAUAAAACAAGAAGUCUGGGGUUGGAGGUCACAGGAUUUUUCUAGGAUGACUACCCACUCCUAGGUUUACUCAGGUUUAAAUGGGUGUUGGUCAGCAAUGACUAGUAAUGUUAAAGGUAGCAGAGAAAGGAACCAGCCACCCUACUCCAUACUCCAUAUGCCAAGGCUCUGGAUUGGGCAGCGAUACUUACCCAUUGCCCACACUCCAUGAGUAUGGUACUCUUUAAACCUCCAUCAGUAACUGAUGCCUAUUUGUAAGAAUACACCCAAAAGGAAAAACAUGAUAUUGUUCCACAGGGCAGCAACAAACAGCCUCACAGGUAUAAAGCUGAGAAGCUUUAUACCUGUGUUAUAUCAGCAACAACUGAUGCUCAGUGAUUGGGUGGGCUGCUGGCACAUGAUACACUGUCACUGGACAUUGGACUUAUGUCUGGACAUUCAAGGUAAAAAUACAAUUAUGACAUAUGUGGAUACAUUAUAUGUUGCCUUAAAUAGGAAUGCAAGUUGAGUUUUGCAUUGUAUGAUAAAAUGUCUUAUUUUUAAAUA